AUGCCCAUUGCGUGGAUACCUGAGGUAACCGAUGGCUCUUGCUUAAAAGGGAGAGUAGAUCUUCAUUCUCAUCCUUCACUGUUCGCUGCGAGCAUGACCACUUUGGGUACCGCUUUUUCCUCUCAACUUGCUGGCGUUUUCUGCCACGCAGGUUUGAAUAAAUAUGCACGCACGCAGACAUCCACCUCAUCACCCUUCAAGUGGACUGAAAUUGUUGCAAUCACCCUGAGGCUCAGCAUGCGGACUCCUACUCUUAUUCUUGACCAACUGGAGAGGAUGACUGGCAAACCAUUCUCUUCCUCUCCUGAGGUUUCGGAUAUAACCUCCGAUUCCGAUGAUACCACCGGGAACAAUAUGAUUACUAAUAGCAACUCUGACAAUGGCCUGGAUGACUCUAACCUGAAGCAGAGCGGUUAUUGCGAGCCCAUAAGCCACCUCCACCCCCGCCAGAGCAAUACCGUGCCCAUAUUCAAGCGAGAUGUAUCGUACGCCUUUGGAACUCUCUCGGCACCGUCGCUGAAAGGCUUUCUGAGCUGGGCCUGUGACCAGUGUAAUGGGAAAGAUGGUCGAAAGAUUUCAGGGAUUGGGACUGUUAACUCCCUAGAAACACUUUGGAAGCAGUUUUCCCAAGUGUGCAAGGUUGACACCAGUCAUCCCAUUGAUGUUUUAAUCAUCGCGCAGGCUCAGAAUGUGAUCACCUUCGUUGCUGACAAGAAGAAACUUAGUCAGAGGGAGCGUCCAAAGGGCAUCAUGUAUGUUGACAAUCUUGCUGAGUUCACGCGCAUGAUCUUGGCUACUACCACCAACAUGCUCUUCCUCAUUGGACAGCUGAAGAUCCAGCUUAUCUUGUUUUGUCAUCUUGCUGGAAUAGUUAACAGGAAACCGGCCAGAAGCUCUGCUGGAACUCCACUACCAACACCUUCAACACUCUAUGACCUGGGAGUUCUCAACAGCCUUAAUCAGCAGAAGGUGCCUCUCCGGAACAACCUUGAUGACAGGUUUGUCUUUUGUCAAGCAGUACGCGAAGGCGAUGCUGUUCAUCUAGUCCAUGAAUUAAAGCCCAGCUCCUCUUCAGUGAGGUUGCUUUAUGCCAACAUAUCUCACCAGCUACCAUUUCUAACCAAGCACUAUGAACAGCAGAUGUCAGUGAUUCGAGCUCGUGAUGCUGACUGUUCGACUAGGUUGCUUUCCGCUCUGAUGAGAUUCUCGAGGAGGCUCCGACUCAGUUCAGAUGAGCUUCAGGGAAUGAAAGCCCUUGAAGCCAAUUGGCACCAAGAGGAGACGUCUCGAACUGGACAUAAAGAGGGAGCCUUCCUUUGUUCAGCUGUAAAGGUUCUGGCGGAGGAGACCAAGUUUGGUAUAACCGCAACGAAGCGCGUGCUUUGGUCCUUCGAAGCUCUGUCUACGCAGGAUGAUCAGCUGGAUAGUAGUAGGCGCAUUAAACAUUCAUCCGCUGCAACCAGCAUUGCCAAAUUCGAAUGCUAUUUGAAUACUAUUCGAAUAUUCGUAUUCCGUUCACACCCUGCUGACGGCCGGGGUUUUGAUCCCGUCACCCCACUUGCCCGAUUCUAA